GGGCGUGUUUAAAGUUGAGGUAUUAAGAUAUUCCUUCUGACCAUAGCUGCUAUAACAGUUAUAGCCCAGGCAUUUUAUCAUGAGCAGUGUAUAGUCUAGCAAAUGACAACAAUGUUUAAUACACGGGGCUCAUGAGGAAGAAAGAAGAAACAAAGUUAUUCCAGAAGCAAUGGUUAACAUUUAUAUAGGAAAGACUGUUAAAAUUACUUCCAUAUUAAAAAAGAUGUGCUGCAGACUUCAAAAAGAUUUAUCCAUUUGUUCGACUGUUUGCAAAAUCGUACAGAAAAAUUUACAUGCCUUACGGCAUGUAAUACAUGCGUUAUUAAUGUUAUAUUAAAAAGCUCUUUAACUUCCUUGUUGCCAGAUGGGAUGAGAGAAGUGUCCUGCACUGCAAAUGGCCUCUUGUUCAAUAUUUAUUGCUUGCUAGUCUGGAGUCAGCUUUGGUGGAUGAGGAAGGUUGAUGACUCUAAGAUGUUUGAGAGAAUCAAGCGAUCUGAUGAAGCUUCUGCUUCUUCAGCACAAGGAAUCCAAAGACAUGGUGUUGAGGGCUCUCCACGACAAGACAGCAGUAGCAGUUUACACAGAAGAGGGCAAGAACAUCCUGAGCCUGGAGCAUCCCCUGUGCAAAAUAGACAAGGAUACUGCAACUGUUGCCAUGUACACUACAGUAAUCUGGAACAGCAUAUUUUCAGCUCCCAGCACAGACAUUUUACAACAUACUGCAGGAAUCGUAUGGGUACCAGUAGCUUGAUGGAGCGUUUUCUUCAAGAUGUUUUACAGCAUCAUCCCCACAGAUACCAUGACAGCAGACCAACCUAUGAUGACAUGCCACUCCCCAUCACUUUGGAGGCUCCUAGAAUUUCUUGCCUGUCCUCGGAAGAGAUGCAGAAAAAGAGGAACAGUGAGAAACAGGAGAAUUCCAGCAAAGACCAGGUGUCCAUUCGUGAAAUAGGCUCUUCUGUUCCAUGCCUGUCUCGUGAGAGCACAAAGAAAAUUUCUGUUACACAAGGAGGUUUUCAAAAACUUCAAAGAGGCCAGGAACAUGUUCCAGGAAUAUCCCAGCAGUCUACUGGCAUUUGUAGUGAUAAGAAGUGGGUAACUCUGAAAAAUGCUCGAAUUGCAAAUCAUAGCCAUGAAGGUCAGUUUGCAGCUGUGAACACUGUACCUCAGCAGUUUUCUCUCAGUCCUACAAGCCACAGUUCCUCUGUUAAUCCUAAAACAGGAAAAAAUGUUAGGGAUUUGGCAGCAUCAAAUCUGUUUCCGCGUAGCAGAUGUGAUGAAAGAGCAAUGGAGGUCUGCAAUAGUGAUGUGUUACUGAACCCACGCUUGAAUCCUGCUCCAGCACUGGGUCACCCAAAACGCCCUUCAGUUUCUCAUCAGAAACCUACACGCAGCCACAGCAAUUCUUCCUUUAUUACCUCAGGUCAAUCUCUCUCAAAGCGAGAUAGUUUACGAACUCAGGACGAAACUUUGGUGUCUGAUCUCCGUCUCAGGGAUACUGUGGGUAUCAGCAGCUCCCUAGAUCUUGGGACAUCCCCACAACUAGCAAGAUGCAAAAACGCAAAGACAGUCAGAGGUGAUGAAAGUUCAGUGGAUGCAACUAUUGAAGAUGUAAUUUUGAAAUACUGCCAUGAAGCUACAUCUGAAGAAAUUGAUAUUGAGGAGAAUAAUCCCAGUGUACCUUUUUCGUCACUUCUGGACCAUACUAAUUUAGAGGGCUCUGAAAUGAGUUUUGACUGUGAUACACCGAUACAGGUAGGAACAGAUUUACCCAAGGCAGCUAUAAAAGAUAUAGAAUUCCUGAAAGAGGUCCAAGUAUGUUUGCAGGAUAAAGACUAUGGGACACAGCUCUCUUCUGUUUUAAAAACUGAGUCGUUAGAGAAAACAGAAGCAGUGAAAAAGGAUGUCGUAGUUCAUACCGAAGAACCAGUUCUUCCAGCCCUGCCUCACGUGCCUCCUUCUUUUGUGGGAAAAACUUGGUCUCAAAUAAUGUAUGAAGAUGAUAUAAAAAUUGAAGAACUUGUGCGUGAUUUCAGGGAAGGUCGUUUUCGCUGCUAUUUUAACAGUGAAUCCUCAGCCAAAUGUACAGGGAAGAGAAUGAAGAAAAAAAAGCAGAAGGAUGAAAAAAGGAUCGAUAUUAUUGAGGGUAAUAGAACAGAAAGUGCACCAGUUAAAGCGUUGCCAGAAUUUAAUGAUGCUUUAAGUGGUGGCUCUGAUUUUGAUAACCCAUCUUUAGCCUCAGAUACGCUAUGCAACCCACAAAUUGUAAAAAUGCCUAGGAAAAGGACAUGGCGCCUGGCUUCAAGGUGUCAGGUGGUUAAAGUCAGCCAUGGCACCCAAACAAGUCUACUGAACUACCCUGUAGCAAAAAGGAAAAUGUCUAGAAGAGAAUCUGAUGCUUCUGAUCAGAAAGCAAGCAUUGCAUGGCUGGAGAAUGAAAAAACUCCAAACAUGAAAACUAGACUAUGUGCCCUUAAACUUCCAGAGUCCUAUAGCAAGAUCAUGAGUCCUAUACAGCCCAAGACAGUGGUGUAUGUGCUCUCAUGCCCAGAGGUAAAACAGUGCAAAGGUAAACCUAUAGAUAUUCCCAAAAUGAGGAAAAAUCAUCACUCCGCAGAUAGCAAGGACUCUGUAAAGUAUAAAUACAAACAGUGUUCUCUCAAAUAUUAUGACCCACUGACAAAUCGAAUUCUGAAAACUCCUCCAAAGAGUACAGUUGGAGAGAAGGCCAAAAAGCCCUCUCAUGUCCGACAGCUUUUCAGGAGUCUCAGCUUUGAUGCAAACAUGAAGAAACUAGCUGAUACUCAGAGAGAAAGCACACCAUCAAAGUCACUCAAUUGGUCAGACUUUUGUAGUUCUUCAGCAUCUUUCCUGCCAGAUCGAGAUAAAGGGAAUGAUGCAGCCUCAAGUCAAAAGGCAGAUGGACCUUCUGUUUCCACAGAAAGAACAGAUUGUCUUGCGUCUGAGAACUCUUUUAAACACCUAAUCAUUUCACCUUUGAAUUCUGUGAUAGAAGGUGAUUAUAGAUUAAUUCCAUUUAAUAGAAUUACCAAAACUCCUCUGACCUCCAUCAGGAGCGAGUGGUUAGAGAGGGAGACUCCAAAAGCACUAUGGAAGAGAAAAGAAGGCACUAAUAAAGAACCAGUUUUUUCCAGAAAGGCUGCAGGAUCUAAGUCUGUCAGAUGUACUAUUGGGAGGAGAGGAAACAGAGUAACCACAAGCAAACAAACGUCCCGAGCUAAAAAACAGCGCAAAGAGGGGAUGAGAAGACAACUUCAGCCUUGUGCCCAUAAAUCUGCUUUCUCCAUUCAUAGGUGCCAGACAAGGAAAACUACAGUGGGAAAGCACCCUAAGAAAGAAAAGCCUGAUGCUAAAAAAUUAAAGGUGAGGAGGAAACCAAAAAGGGCUUUUCUGAACUCAACAGUUGUAACAGGGAUUCCUGAAAAAAGGCGGAAAGUCACAUCAGAAUCUUUUCCCAAGAAACCAGAGCAAGCUUCCUCCAAAGUCAGGAGCUGGGAACCAGCACCUGGAAGAAGGAAGGGGAAAAGAAGGAGGUCAUAGACAACGCGGUUGAAGUGCUAGAGCUCCGGGAAGUGCUAGAGCUCCAGAAAGCGCAAAGCCAGUCUAAUGUGAAACAAAUACAGCUGUAAAUUCAGCUCUUGUUCCUGGAAUAUGGGGACACAAUAUAUUGCACUGUUCUACUGUGUAAAGCUGCAGAAAUUGUGGAUUUGAUUUAAAAGCACUUAGAAUCAUAUUGACUAGUCUUCACCUGUACAUCAGCAAAAUGACCUUGAAUGGUAUCAUAUUGUUAUUAUGGUAUUAUCCAUGCAUAACAGUGCACUAUAAUAGGGUAAUUUACAAGCUGUGUUAAUUAAUUGUGCCUAUUUUAAUUUUUUCACAUAAUUCUAAAGUGCAGGAGAUGACUCAAUUGAUAUGCUAGAAAUUUAAUGAAGAUACAUCAAUCGGGGCUGAAAUUUAUGUAUGUAUUUUGUUUUUGUGUAUAUGUGCACCUUCUUCAACACAUAAUAUAUACUUGCCUGUGGAAUGGCAUUAAAAAUAAUACAGUAUGAUACAAUUCAGAUCAAUUCAGUGCUUUCUUGAAACGAAAUAUAAUUUUACACAUUUUUCUAUUGACUUCUUUGUUCCUGAAACCAUGUCCAAAGCAUUUUUUUUGGACUAAAAUUCACUGUGGGCUCUCAUCAAGCAAUAAUGGACCAUGCUGGUAAGGAAAUAAUGUCUCCAUAGGGGACUGUUCAAAUGGUGGUGGCUGAAGUGAAAUCUCAAAUUCUAAAAUAAAGGGUUAGGUUUGGGGGUUUUUGUUUAUUUGUUUUUAAUAACUUAUUAAGUUUAUAGGUGAAUUUCACAUCCUUAGUGAGGGGGAUGGAAAAGUUUUCAUGCAAAGAAAUAGCAGUAAGUUGUUUCAGAAUGUCAGCCUUGAGUCUGGGGUUCUGUGCUUUUCUGUGUUGGUUAAAUUUUUAUAGACUAGAAUAGAAACUUUAUUUCUGAAUUUUCAGUAAAAUACUUAAAUAAACCUAACACAACAUCCGUCUAAAUUAGAGUUCAAAUGUUUGGUUAAAAAACCUGGUUGAAUUAAAAUUAUAUUCCAUAGAGAUUCAUGUUUGGCCACUGAUGUUCCAUCUACUAUAGUUUUAUGGCAAAAAACCCAAACCCAGGGUGUUUUAGCUUAAUUUUCUUUUUCUUUUAGUAGUUGUUAUGAUGACAGUUUAUUUAUUGUGGUUAGGAGACAUAAAGCCAGUCUUACAGAUGUUUCUGUGCUUUAAAACCCAAGAUUAAUGGUUCAUUCACAGUAAAUGAAACACGUAGUUACACAUCAUCAUAAUCCAGGCUUUGGUUUUCAGAUCUUCAAUUUGAUAUAUUAUAUAAUCUAUUUUACCUUGAAGGUCUUCAUAAAUUCUCUAAUGGUACAAUACAUUUUUCAGAACACAAUUAAAACAUGGAAAAGACCAGACCCUGCGGUCUCUGGCAUUGAACAUAUCUGCACAUUUUCCCCUCAGAAAACAAAAUCCUUCUUGAUUAUUCAUUCACUUCUUUCUGAAACGUCAAGCGUCGCAGAUUUGGACUGAGAUAAAGGUAGACUUAGAAAUGGUUUAUUUUAAUAUAGAGUAUCUGAAGGAAAUAUAAAAGCUGUCAUCAUAAACCACAUGUUCAGAGAAUAUUUUGGAGAUUUUUUGUCAUGUAUAUGCAUAUUUCCCUAGAUAAAUAAGAUGUGCAUGUGUCAGCUGGAAAGCAAGUUCCCUUAUGAGUUCCUUUAUCCGUGGUCUGACGGAUUUUUUUUUUUAAUUUGUUUUGUUUUAAUUUAUUUUUUUUAUAUAAAGGUUGAUUUCUAUGGAUGAAUUUUCCUAUUGUUGUCAGUAGACAGAAUUGUAUGACUGUAUUGCAAGUCACUGGAAAAUGAAGGGCUAUAUUAUAAAGUCUUAUAGCCCUCAACUAAUUGUGCCUGUAUAAUUUAAUAUUUUGUCUAAUAUAAAACUGAUGUUUUUAAAGCAAAGUUUUAAAGGAAUGGUUUUUAUAGAAAGGCUAAUUUUUAGAUAAAGCAAAAGAAGACUUUUAAAUAAAGUUUGUUUUAAAGCAAAGCUUUAACUAUAGAUAAGUCCCAUUCUAACAUAUUUUUAUGAUACAAGAAUGUUUUCCUAUCUAACUUCUUCCAUCUUAUUUUUCACAGUAUUUCACAUGUGAAGAGCAUGAAUUUGUUUGUGUGUGAAUAAGUUUUAAUGCACAUUGUACUUUAAGAACACUAGUGUAUAUUUCUUUAGAGUCGAAAUACUGUUCUCCAUACUCAUUCAUUGUACCUUUGUCUUACUCCAGUGCACAACUUUUCCUUGAAAUCUUGAGUAAUAAAAAUGUGUUGAGGACUAUAAAAUGACUAAUAUUUUUAGACUGUAAUGUCUUUUUUUUGUUGUUUUUGAUAAUACACCCUCUUAUCAGGGUGGGUUUUUUUAGAAGAAAAAUGUUAUAUUUAAAUAAAAGUGUAAGUAGCUAUAUAUUUUCCUUUAAAAAAAAAGAAAAAUAAAAAAAAAGUAUGAAGUGUAAGAAUUUAUUAGAAGAAUAAGACUUGAGGUACAAAUCUGGAGACAUUUCUGUGGUUAACCUUGUCAAAAUAAGGUUUACUGUAGGCUUUGAUGUUAAUCUAUGCCUCGCUUCUGAGUGUUUAGAAACCUCUUCUGUGCAUGCUCACUGACCACUAGGAAAAAGAGGAAAAGACUGUGAUAUGAGAAGUAAAUUCAGAAACUGCUUUGGAAGGAGAAUUAUGAACAUAUUUGCAAACCAAAAUAUUGCAAAAAUACUCAAUAUCAUAUGCAAGAAGAAGAAAAUUCUGGGGUCUCAUGGAAUAGGCAAGCACUUCCUGUUAGAUAAGUAAUACGCUUUCUGCCCUUAUGGAAUAGAACAUUUUUUCAUUAACAGCGUGGCCAGUACGUCAAAGCAUGAUUGUGAAGUCUACACAAAUAGCAAACUUGAAAACUGAAAUACUUUCUCUCUGAAAUUGGUGGGCAGGUUGGUUGUUUUCUGGGUGAUGUUUCUUGUUUCUGUUUUUGGUUUUUGUUUUUUUUCUUUUUUCCUUUUGUGUUUUUUUUGGGGAGGGAGCAGGGACUGCGUUCUUUUAAUGUUAGUGGACCAAAAUGUUUUGUCAGUAUGUUUGCAUGUCUUAAUAUACAGAAGCAAGAAAAGAGGUGGAGUAGAGAGGAAUAAAGUCAUGCUUUUUGAAUUAGAUUGGCAGCAGUUAGAACCAGUACCUUCUUUAAUAGUUGAGAAAAAUGUUACCAUGUCAUCUUCAAUACAUAUGCAAUUUAAAGUUUAUUUAAGACCUCUAAGUUUAUUUUUUAUUAUACAUUUCAUAAUUUUUAAAAAGUCUCUCCACAUAUAAAGUACUCAUUCAACCUUUCAGAACAAUCUUAUUCUAGGCAGAUAGAUUUUUAUUAUUCACUAGUAUUGUGAAUCAUGAGUGUGACCCAGUCAUAUUGUGCCAGGUGCUAAACAAACAUAAAAUAGCAAUCCCUCAAAACUUUAUAUAUCUGACUCUUGCACCUCACAGUUCUUCAGUUAAUUUUCUGAUAGAAAUUUUUGCUCUCUUGUUCUUUCUGAUGGGUUUGUAUCCCAUGUUCUCGUAUUUGUGUUAUGAAAGUACCCUUCUCUGGGACUCAGAUAAAUGAGAUAUUUCUGUUUAUUAUGAGCCUAUACCUUCAUCUGAAGUUGUUUAAGUUUUGUGCUAAAUUUCUGCCCAAAUGAGAAUUUGUUUUGUGGUUUUCAUAUUCUUGUUAUUGAUAAUGUAUUUUGCAUAAUUUUGCUUGAUGUUGUAAUUUUUUUAUCUGCUUCUCUAUCUCUUCUGCCUGUGGUCAUUUGACAUGAUGUGGUUUUGUACGGAUACAGCGCUACUACAGACUUAUCCAGUGCUGUUGCUGGAUAUUCUUUCUCUGUUGUAUCUUUUUCUCAUUUUAUUUCAGAUUUAUUGAUUUCAUUGUUUUUCUCAGUCCUGUAUUUGGAUUUCUUUUUUUAUAUUGUAAAGAGCUAAAUUUCAGGUCAGUAUGUUCUGUUUGGAAGUAAAUCAGUGACAGGUGUCAGAAGAGGACAUUGUCCCAGUCUGAAGUGCCGAGAGCAGGUUGGCACAGGUGCUCCUGUGCUUGGGAGUCUGCUUUACUUCACUGAAUAGUGUGAAACAGGAGUGGAAAGAUAAUUCUUGAUUCCUUUGCCAGUCUUCCUUUCUUUUUCCCUUAGGGUCAUUCUGCCUGAGAACAAUCUGAACUCAUACUGGAAAUAAAUGUUUUUCAGCUUUUGGUAUUUUGGGGAAAGAUAGGAAAAGUAAAAUAUAUCUCUCUCACUAAUGUAACUAAAAUCACUGAAUUUUUGCCUUUAAUGUUUUAUCUGAUGAAUUAAAGCAUUCCUGAUAAUACUUUUUAGAAAAAUUUGUAAUAGCAUAGUUCUGAGCAUGCCCAGAAGCAAAGGUUUUGUUCCUUGUUUAUUUUGCAGUAAUAAAUUCAUUCAUUCCUUCAGCAGAACAAAUCUUGUUUUAAUAAAAUAAACACUGAAUAUGUGC